AUGAUCCAACGACAACUUCCUCGAACGCUUGUCCAGACGUCGUUCCGCGUGAAAAGCUCCUCAACAUGCCGAACAUGCACCUGUCGCUGCGGGCUCUCCUUCGAGCUGCUCCCCACCACACCCAAACCACAGCAACAACGACGAGCAUAUCACCCACCCCGCGCCCCUUCGACCAAAGAUCGCGCCAGGAACCGUGGGAGUAUCCCACUCACGCCUGCUCAAGCUGCCGAGUGGAAUUCUCGCAGACAGCAAAACCAUCGAUGGUUUGAUCACACACUUGAAACUUUCUGCCGCUCAGGCGGCAUCACCUGCACCUUCGAACAGGCCAAGGAGUUUCUCGCCGAUUUCUCUCAAGCAAUGGACCUGGCUCGAGGGCAGAGCAGCUUGGACCCGCAGGUGUUCAACGCCUUGAUGAUCAAGCAUUCCUUCAACUAUUUCUGGGCCAAUACCAUCAGUACGACUUUGUUGAAGGAUCAUAUUCCGCAAAAUUUGUAUGUGGGCAAGAAGUUGCUGUACACGCUGAGUAGAGCUGGGUAUGAGGAGAGCACGAUAGCGGUCAUGGCGCAUGCGAUUCUGCAGAGCAAGGGCAAGCCCGCACUGUUGAAUAGCAGGGAGAUUGCGGUUAGCCGGCAGCAUCUUACGAAGAUUGCAAAUUCGAAUGAGACCACGAACUUUCGGGCAAUGGUGUUAGAGGGCAAGGUUGCGUUGAAUCUGCGGCAAGAAGAAUACGCAAUUGAGAUGUUCAACAGGGCCAUGAAUGCUGCUGUGCAGGCCAGUGAGCGGGAGCUGUCACAGGUGAACAAGGAGGAUMACCGAAGAGACUUGUUGGAACUGACAGCUCCCUGGCAUGAGUUGAUGCAAGUACACAGUCAUCGUUCGCAAGUGAAAGGGCUGGACGAGUGGGCAGAAUGCGAAGCGGCCAUGGAAAUUGGAUGUCAGCAAGACGAUCCCUUGGCUCACAAGUUCAAAGCGGACCAUGUAAAAUGCUGGGAGAAAGUCGAAGGACAGGAAGAGUCCGUGCACCUCGGAACCAGCGACUGGCUAUAUCACAUCACCAAGGCCGCCUCAUCAGGUAUGCCGCAAGCCGCUUACGAAUUAGGAGUGUUCUACGCGGAGAGCGGAUGGAAGUACAUCGAGGACGAACCCCCGAAUCACGUCAAACCCACACCUUUUGAUUCAUAUCCUUCAAGUCGAAGUGUGAAGACUUUCUGGGAUGAUGUGCUUCGCUUCGUCGGAAUCACUGGUGCGAAAUUAACACCCCAGGAACGAAUAUUCCAAAACGCGGUGUUCCCCCACACAGCUGUUGAUCGUUUGAAGAUGGCCAUGGGCUGGCUCAAAGAAGCAAUGAAACUUGGCUACGCUCCGAGCUUCCUAAUGAUGGCAAGGCUCUUCAAUCGCAAGACUCUGUGGGCGCAAGCCGACGCUCCACAGUCGGCCCUGCAAUUGCAAGACUCGAGAUACACCUACGCCUCGCAAGAAGAUUUCGAAGCUCGUAGACCCAUUCAAAGAGACAGUGUUCCGGAGCCGGAAGAUCCUCCGAAUCCUCUCUACGACCCCGAAAUGGCGCAGAGAUGCCUGUGUGAUGUCUUUGGGGCGUACGAGGCUUCGAGAUAUGAAUCGCGGAUGAAGGCACAGUAUCAAAAACAGAUGGCUACGGGCGAUGGCGAUUUGCCAGAUCCAGACGACGCAUUGUCUACGCGCCACAUGAUCAGACGCGGAGGAUUACCGCCGAAGAUGGGGAAGUGGUUUAUGUUUCCUGAGAUGAGGGAGCUGAAUGGGGCAUUAGUCAAGGGGUUAUGGGAGGAGGCGAAGGCCAUGUGCGAGGAGGAGGGCUGGGUGCUUGUUGAUGAAGAUGGAGGGUUGGUGUAUAAGGCGGGGCUUGGAGAGAAGAAGCUGUAG